AAGUUUCUUUAAAUUAAUUAAAAUUAAAUAUAUCUGCGAUAGCAUCGCUAUAAUGGCAUCGUUGGAUACUCUAACACCGCAUUUGUCCAAAAUUAAAAUACCGGCGCCCCAGCAGCUGGUUUACAAGGAUGAGUGUGUGUAUUCUUUUGACAAUCCGGAGAAUGGAAAGACGCCAGAUAAUACAAAUUCUUUAGAAGCCCUGAGAAGUAAUUUUGAAAUACCAGAAAAUCAUAAUAUCUGGUAUAUAGUCACAGACUCAAAUGUGUUAUUACAUAAUUUACAUGUGCUCAAUAAUAUACUUAAUGCAGAUAAACAAUGCCGUCUAAUGGUACCACAACAAGUAAUGAAAAAAAUUCAAAAUGCUACUAACUCUCGUCUCCGGCUUUUAGCUCACAAAACUCUUUAUUUUAUAUUAAGCAAAGUUGAAGCAAAUCUUGCGAUUAUAGAUAAGAGCAGUGAAGAAAUCGAUAAUAGCAAUGAUGAUAUAUUGAAUUGUUGCACUCUAAAUAUAGCGAGAGAGAAUCAUGUUGUAUUAUUAACUGAUGACAUAGAGUUGCACAAUAAUAGCAACACAUCAAAUAUGCAUAUCUUUGCAGUUUCAGAGAUUAAACAUUUAUUAGAAGAAUCCCAAUCAGAUGAGAUUCCAACUAACAAUUUUGACACAGUAGGAAUAGCUAGAGAUCGAAAUAUUAAAAUUACUAUUAAUAAUGAAACAAAUAUUCGACACGAUGACGACGCGAGCGUAUCACUCAUAAAAGAAGAUACUCACCCUGAAAUAGGUGAAGGAACAUGUGAAAAACUUCUUAAAAUAAAUAAGAAAGUUUGUGAUGUGGGAGUUCAAGCCGAUUCUGCGUCAUUACCGAAAAUUUGUGAGGAUAUUAACAAUGAGAUAAUUUUACCUGAUUCAACUAAAGCAAAUUUUUUGAGAAUGAAAUCCGAUGAGUGGGUGUCUCGUUUAGUGCAAAUCAUGGAGGAGGCUCUCACGCAGAUAUUGCGGUUGGAGCCUUCGGGCACUCUGGAACAUAUGCCGCCACCCUGGACAGUGCACGAGGCGACUGAGUGUAUCAAAAAGGGGUUUCAUUACGAUUCCGAUGUUGUUGAUGCGGCCAACAAGUUUUUACAGAUUUCCUUUGAAAACGGCGGGUUACGAGGUAAAAUUAAAUCAAGUAUAAAGCCCAAUAAAUUUAUGGAACUGUACAGUUUCGGUGUAUAUUUAAUUGAUGCCUUGCAGGGUGCUUUAGUCGAUAAUGAAGAUCUUCAAACGGCAGCCGAAUCUCUGUCUAAGUUGUUAAAUGACAUUCAAGAGCCGCAAUUAGAUCCGAGUAAUCAAGAUUCUUUUAAUGACAUUACUGUGCAGGAAAAUGAAACUAAAGUUGCAGAAGACAAUGGUACCACCAAAGGAACUGUCAGCCCAGAUAAAAAUAAAGAAACAGAAAGCCCGAAGGUGGCUAAAAAAAACAAGAGCCCUACAAUUUCACCAGGAAAAUACAAUUUAAGAUCACAAAUCAAAAAACCUAUCGAGGUAAAUCAAGACGUUUCGGGCAAAGUUUCAGUUACCAGAAACGUUGACACAGAAUCUUCAUUCUUCUCAAGUUUAUAUUUGAAGAAAAAUUCCAAUUUAAUAAGCGACAGCGAAAUUACUAUUAAAGACCCCAAUCUUAUUAUUGGAUUAGGAACAAGUGAUGAAAUAAAGGAAAAAAAUGGUAGUCCAAGCUUACAUAAGAAUGAAGAAAAUGUUAACACUGCAGAUGAAUUCACCCCUAAACUUGUAAAUGAAGAUCCUAAAAUGAAUGAACCUCAGAUAAUAAGAAAAUUUUCAAUAUGCCCAAAGUACGAAGACAGGUUUAAAAGUAAAUCUAAAUUUAUUUCUGACGUUGGGGGAGAUUCUAAUAAAGAAUUCGAGGGAUCAGUGAUCAAUUACGAAGAAGAAGAUUUUGAAGACGACUAUUACGGAACAGAUGAAUAUCAUGUGGAAAACGAAUACUACGAUAUGGAUGACAACGAUGUCGAAUGGCCUGCUUUUGGCACCAGCCCAGAAAAAACUGAAGGCAUUGGUAGAGUGCCGACUUCAAAUUAUAUUGAUAUUAUCUCUAAGAACGAAUCUUUAACUUUUAAACGUAUAAUGGAAAAAUUUGAAAAGGACAUCCAAAGGGCUUAUUCCUCAAUUCAAGAUUUCUGUGUAAAAUCUUGUGAAAGCUUACAGACUCCAGACUUUAGCGCCGAAGAUAAAACUCAAAUGCAAUUACGGGCAGAAAAAACAUACACUUACAUUCAUCAAAUAUGUCAUCAACUUAAUAGUGUCUUGACAAGAGAGAAUUCGGACCAAGGUAUUUCUGAAAUACUUAAAAGAAAGGAAUUUAAAGAUAUUGAAGUCGAAGAAAAUGACAUGGAAGUUUAUAGAAAUUUUAUCGGCAAUUGUUUGGAACAAGGAAAAGUUUUGAUGGAUUCAAUCACAUUAGUGCUCGAAGCUAGCAAGGAAGAGACAGGUUAAUAACUGAGGACGUGAAUAGAGUUCUUGCUAUAUGCGAGCACCGUAUUUCAUUAAGACAUGGGCCUAAGAGAAGCAGGGGAUAAAUAUUUUAAAUAUUCUCGGAAUAAAACACCCUUUUUAACUCCCAUUGCUUACGUAUGAAGACGCAUAGAAACAAUUAACAAACUGAUCGACGCACUCGCAUUUGUACUACACUAGCACGGACAAUCCGUGGACAACCACGGACCAAAUGUAAACAAAGAAAUGACAUUUCCUUAACAUUUAAUUAGCUUUAGUUGCUUUAUUUUAGUAUUUUAGUGAUAAAAAUAUAUUUUUUCAUAAUUUUACAGAAAACCGAAAUAAAAAUAUAUUUUAAAUUUUACAGAAGACUAAUAUACUGUUUACCCCUUCAGUAAAUGAACAACCUGUCAUUUUAAUUUUAUAUUUGGUCCGCGAUUAAAUUGUUCUAACUUUAGUGUGGAUUUUUUGUUUCUUUGAAUCAUGUUGGAAGAAAACUCAUGAUAUCUCCCAUAAGUUUAUGAGCUUUAUUGAAACACUGCUGAAGUAUGAUAAGUUGAGU